CAGGCGAGUGCGAAUGGCAGAACGUUUCACAGCACCAAGCUGUCGUAUCGGUAUUGUGCUCUCUACAUCGGUUAUAACUAGAUAGUUGAGUGAAGUGAGUGCUGUCGUCGUCAUAUACACUACUGUGACACUCGGAUUCUAGUGUUGUGUCACCGCAAAUGUGAAAUCCUACUCGGGAGUGUGUCUACGAGGCGAAGGGUCUCGGGAUAUGUGUUUACAACAUGGAAUCGAUAGUGGAAUUGUCCCUUAGAUGUUUUCUACGAGACGCGGGAUCUCGUGUGUAAACCUCUUCACUUAGCCUGGUCGCAGUAAAGGCAAGAGUUGUCCUCAACAUGGUACUCGGGGAUGUGAUGUCGUUUCCCCUGGCCGCUGGUUUGGCGAGGCUGUUGUCGCCCGCGACGCGACCUGUCCUCUUGCCUUGUGCUAAAGUCACAUCCUGUCUCACACUAGUGUUGUUAAUAUGUUUUGAAACUGUUCUGUUAUCGACAGUUAGCGACUGCACCAAAUCAUUCUACGUCCAUUGGAACACGACGAAUCCAAUAUUCAGGAUAGACAAUACAGAUCACAUAAUAGACGUAAACAAAGGGAACUAUCCCUUUGAAUACGACCAGGUGAAUAUCAUCUGUCCAGUGUACACACCCGGCACUCACGAAGAGGACGCCGAGAAGUACAUCAUAUACAACGUGUCCAAGGAAGAGUACGACACGUGUCGCAUUACAAACCCUAACCCACGGAUCAUCGCGAUCUGUGACAAACCGUACAAGCUAAUGUACUUUACCAUCACCUUCCGAUCCUUCACACCUCAGCCUGGGGGACUAGAGUUCCAACCAGGACAAGACUACUAUUUCAUCUCAACUUCAUCAAAAGAUGAUCUACAUCGCCGCAUCGGGGGUCGGUGCUCCACAAACAACAUGAAGGUUGUGUUCAAAGUGUGCUGCCGACCAGACGAGAUGCACAACAACCAGACAGUUAGUCAUGCGGCCACUACCACCGCAGUGACCAGUGUAAGCACUUCAACACCGGUGAGCCACAUGCCGUCUCACAGGCCUACUGCGCCGGUACCACACCCUACCUUCGCUCCUAGGCCGCCCACCAUCAACUAUGAUAGUCCAAAGCCAACUACCAAGAAGUCAAGUGAGUACGACAAACAUCCAAACGAAGUGGUCAAGAACGAAGAGUUGACCUACAACAGAGGCUACAGUCUCAGCCCCACGCUUUGGCUCUGCGUCUCAGUCAUUGUUUGCUGUCUAGUCGGCCGAUAGGGCCCUCGCCCUACUCCGUACUUAUACCUUUUCUCUGGAGCUCGUAGUGUAGAUCGUUUGACGUACUGAUACAGCUUUUCGGGCAGCAUUUCCAUUCAAGACUGAUCCAGCGUCUUGCCUUCACUCCUGUAGAUACUCUCGUUUCUUAUUUAACGGGCCGUAUUCGACAAACGGCGCGAUUAACUAUAAUUUAUUGUACAUAUAUAUUAUUUAUUUACUCUAUUUAAGCGAUUACUUAGGAACGUUUUGUUAUUUCGCCUUAUUUGUAAGUCCCUAUUCGGACCGGUUUGUAAUUACUAACGAAAAUCGUGAAAAUUUGUAUACAAAUUUUAUUUUAUAUUGUAAAUUUUGUAGAAGAUGUGUCGGUGUAAGUAGGAGAAAUGCUCGCGUCAAGCUGUGAGACGUCCUGUAUUAUAGAACGUAUUUUGUACAGAGAUUAUUGUAGUGAAUGCGUGUAGCGAGUUUAACGGAAAUAUUUGUGCCGAAUAAGUGAUAUUUGAUCCUUGUGUUCUGAAAAUCUAUCUGAAACGUUCUCGCAGAAGUAGAGUUUCAUUUCUCAGUCGACGUUUGUACAGAAUAUGUCAGUUUGGGAGGCUUUUGCUCGUGUCGGGCGUUUUGUGUAAUUUCAAUAACCACUCGUUGCCUACCACGAUCCGUAAUUCGGGUGUUAUAAAAUUAAAAUUCAGUUGGUGAAACUUUACAGUCGGAUCCUGAAUUAUGUAUUUCUUUAGAGAUGGGCAAUCGGCGUAUGCACAGCGGUCUCAAUGGUGCUUAAAAGCUCGUGCCACUAUCUUUACUAAGAUUUGUGCCUUAAAAUGUUGACUCUGUCAAGAUUCGGCUCAACACGGCAACAUUGUCAAGGCAACACAGCAGUUUUCAAAUAAUCCAACUCAAGGCACAAAGCUCUGUCACCUAUAUUAUCCUGAGAGAAAAAUAUUUUUCUGUUUUCUACGAUUAUCAGAUGAUUGGAACAAAAUUAUUUGACACCAUCCUAAAAAUUCUUCCUAGCUAUUGUCUCAGUUUUUCCAUCAUACAUUUGUCAGUAUCUUAGUUCUUUUACUCCUAUAAAAUACCUCCCAGGUUCAUUUGAUGUUGCAUUCAUAUAAUGUUAGUCGCCUUUUAUCUUUUUACUUCUCAUAUUGGUUGUUGACCAUUACAUAAUUGUUAUACAACUCACCAAGUCUUGUGAGUGUUUGGGUGACGGAGCUGUGUGCCCCAGGCCUGUGCCAUACAGUCUAUAGCCUAGCUCCCCUUACUUCUCAUUGCAGUGCCAUUAUUCAUUCCAUCUUUGUUGCACCUUAGUGUUAAUGAGUGGUCCUCAUUGUGCUUUUCAUUCGUUUCACAACCUAUCUUUUCAACAUUGCUUGGGCGAUAAUCGGUAAGGUCAGUUUUACCGUACCGUGGUUCUAUGUCAUACAUCUAUCAUCAAAUAUCUUUAAUAAUAAUAACUAUCCAUCGUUGAAGUAGUGUUUUGGUUAAGGUGGUAAAAUGAAUGCUGAUGCGAGGAAUUAUAUAUAUAAGAUAUUAGCAGAUUCUGACGGUGUCAAAAGUCAUUUAUAUUUUAAAUAACUUUAAUAUAUGCCAACAUAACUAGCCCCCACAGAUUAUCAACUUGAUUAAAAUAUAGAGGGAAGCAAACGUUAUGCAUAUGUCACUUUUUGUCUAAAUUAUAAAAUUUUCCUUCAAUUGUCUUUCAAAGAUUUAAAAAUUAUGAAAAAUUCAAUUGUGUGUCUACCAGCCAACUGUAUUUUUGUGCCAUAUUCUGCAUCAAGUAACUAUUACAAUGAAAGACUUCAACAAAUGUACAUAAUAUGAGUAGUUAUAUUUAACUAUAGCAUAAAAUAUUUGACCGUAAAUGUGUGACAUAGAACCCGAUGGAGUAACUUAUUGUCAAGCGGAUUAUUCUGUCAUGAAGAAAAUGUCAGACGUAAGUUCAUUGUCCAACUGAAACUUUUUAGGCUAAGAAUUAUGUAAGUGUCCGAUUUGUCCAGCAGUUUAUGUCACAUAGAAAUAACCUAACCAUAGCCUGUUUAGUUGCAUAAAUAAUUUUUAAUUGUAUUUAAUUUGCCAUAAUUUUGUUCCAAACUUGAUUUAUCAGGGUUACUUUUUGAUAAUAUUCUCAAAUUUCAAUGACAUUUUUAUUUUUUAUUUUUCUUAUGAUAUUACGUUGUUAAAAACAGACGUAAGUUUUUAUCUGUGUUAUACAAUCAUGAUUUAGCCAAUAUAUUACUGUAUUAAAAAAUCCGUCAAUGAACUGUAAUUAAAUGUAUUGUUGCUGAUGGACUUUGUAGACUAUAUUGAUUGUUUUAUUGGAAAAUGUGAUAUCCGAUGUAUUAUAAGAAAGUGUAUGAUUGUAUCUUCAUGAGGGUGUAUCACAGUUAAUUUACCUGGUGUAACGUAUUACAUUGCACAAUAGUCAGAAUGUGUAUAUUACAUAAAUAUUCUAAUAGAUGAUCACUGUCCACUGUAUAUGUAAAUUUCUGUAUUUUAAGGCCUGUUUGUGAUUUUUUUUUUUUAUCGAGAAGUACUUUUAUUUUAAGACGUGUCAACGAGAGUUGAUUUUAGUUUCAAAAUCUGUACAACGGUGUCCCUGAAUGUAGUAGUAUGUUAUAAUGUUAGAUCAAUAAUGUGAAGUUUUUUAUGGAUUGAUUAUUGUUAAAUAUAUAUUUAUUGGUUUCCAACUGUGAGAAUAUGCAUGUCAUAUUGUUUACACUAAUGCUCUGAGAGCUCAUCGGAGGUGUAUGUUUGUUAAUAGAAAUAACAAAAACUCUACUCAAUUGCCUGUGAUUUUCAUUUAUUGAGUUAUCUUUUACCACUUUGACCAAGAAUAGUACUUUUUAUUUAUUCUAUACUAAGUAAAAUUUAAAAUAAUCUUUUGUGAGCAUACAUGAUGUGGAAUGUGUUAUUUCUGUCUCAGUUUCAAACGUUAUAAAGAAUUGUAGGUUUUAGUUCAUGGCAGAUGACAGUUUUAUUUAUAUUUUAGUUAUAACGUAUCCUAUUUAGAAAGGUUCAUGUAGAUUAUCAUUUUAUAGCAACAAAAUAUUCAUUUGUAACGAUGCUCUUAAGAAUGAGUUGAUAUAAAGUGUUACGUUCAAAAUAAACAUAAAUUUAUAUAACUUCUUACGCAACUCGGCAAUGUAAACAUACAAUAAUGUGAUACUGUCUUCAUCAUUCCUAUUGUCAACAUUUUGGCUAUUCUCAAUAUUUCUGCUCAAUAGUCAUGGGACACUUUAGUGGUCCUGAAGCUGAAUACUCUAUUCAAAACUAUCGAGAAUAACUAUACUCCAUUAACAAUGUUUAAGAUAAAAAAUGAAGCUAUUAUUCUGAAAUCAAUUCUAGAAUGAACAAUGUCAAUGUAUAAUAUUUUAAAUGUGUGAAGUUACUUAAAAACAAAAUGUUACAACUUGUUAAUUCUCAUCAUCUAUCACAAUUAUGUUUUACUCUCUAAAUAUUUGAAAACUAAAUAAUUUGAACUAGUUUAGGUUUUAAACAUAAUAAUUCUCUAAUAAGACUGAACUCGUUCAAUGGAUUAAUACCUCCUUCCUUUGCAAUAUUUAUAAUUACAUAAUAAUUUAUCUGCCCCUAUAAUGACCAAGUUUGAGUAAAUUAUGUGUUACUUGAUUAAAUAAUCGUGUUAUAGAUGCAAGGAGUAACUAAUUGAGACUAAUCAAUAAUCAUAAUAUAAUAUGUCAGCAGCUUUUACAAAAAUCAUUCCAUGGUUAUAAAUUUAAUUCAUGGAAUUCAGUUUUUCGUGCUUUAUAGUUUUAUACUCUGUUGGGUUUUAGAAUUUUCAUCUUAAGCCUCUUUUCUUAAAUAAAAUAAGCUAAGCUAAUUUCGUUUUGUAUAUAAAAAUCAACAAUUUACCACACAGAUCAUCCAUAACUAGCCAAUAAUCAAAACAACAUGUUGAAAUGACAGUUUAAGUUAAACUUCUGUAUUUUAAAACUGAUUUUUGUCCAAAUAAUACAAUCACUUGAUUUACAUAACAUAAUAUUCAAUAGUAUGUAAUGUAUAUUGCUUAUGUUUCUGAAAUAUCUUUGCGAAUUAUGUAUAGUAUAAUUUUUAAACCUUACCAAUAUCAGGAAGCAUUAGUAUAACUUUAUUAUUAUUAAGAAACAUUGUACAGAGAUUAUUUGCUCAAUGUCAUAAGAAAAAAUCUGCCCCAACAAGAGAAAUAAAACAAUAACUUACUUACUUUUUCUGGGAAAUUUUUUUAAGAAAAGUGCUUUUUUCACACUAUAAUUCUUGGAAAACGUGUUUUUUUUACGCAAUAGCUUGUAAACUACCGGUAAUUUUUAUUCACAUGCAUCAACUGAGGUUAGGGAUUAAAACAAUUGUCUUAUGUGUUAAUUUAUUGACUCUCAUCUGUAAGCUUAGAAAUCAAAACUUUUACAUGUUGACGUCAAGCAAAUUAUUUUUCAUACAGGAUUCCAUAAUGUAUCAUAGCUCUUAAAUCAUUCAAAACUUCAUUUAUCGUUACUUAAAGGAAAAUCUCCUUCUCAAAGUGUACAGUCAAGUCGGGAACUCAUUAGAAACUGACAUCGUGAUCAGUUGAUAAAAAAUUAAAAUUUUGAACCAUACUAAAUCCCAGAAUAUUCGGACUCGGAGGUGAGACAUAUCAGUAUGGUCUAAUUAUUUACCACGCCAGGGGCUCUACCAUACUGUCCUGUAAAUACGGUUAGAGCCACAUCCAGUGUGAUCCCCUCCCAUGGUAUCUGUGUCCAGAUAUCGUAGAAUAUUAAAUUCUAUUGUAGACGUUUUAUGUAAAAAACAUUCGUAUAAAUACAUAUAUUUAUAUAUUCGUACUAUAUAAAUAUAUAUAUACUUAUAUGUAUUUAUAAAUAUAAAUAUAUAUAUAUUAUGCACCUUAGUCAUUACACUAAGCUAUAUUAUGAAAAUGUUAAUUUUAUAACUGAUUUUUGUACAAAAUACAUAACUGUAAUGUAUGACAACACA